UACUACUACUACAUUCGACAGUUUCGCCUAUAAAUACCUCAAUCCAAACAGUGCCUAUAAAUACCUCAAUCCAAACAGUUCUCCAAUAUAUUCCUUAACAGCUAGAUACAAGGAAAAGGGGGGGGGGGGGGUCCAUGAUGGGGAAUCACCAACUACUGUCUAAGAUGGCAACCAACGAUGAGCAUGGGGAAAAAUCUCUGUAUUUUGAUGGUUGGAAAGCAUACGAUAAUAAUCCUUUCCACCUUACCAAAAACCCUGCUGGAGUCAUCCAAAUGGGUCUUGCAGAAAACCAGCUGGCUUUUGACUUAAUUGAGGAUUGGAUCAAGAAAAACCCAGAAGCAUCCAUUUGCUCUCGAGAGGGAGUGAAGGCGUUUAGGGACGUCGCCAUUUUUCAGGAUUAUCAUGGCUUACCGGAGUUUAGAAAUGCGGUUGCGAAGUUUAUGGGAAGAGUGAGGGGUGACAAGGUGAAAUUUGAUCCGGACCGGAUAGUAAUGAGCGGUGGCGCCACCGGAGCUAAUGAGACGAUCAUGUUUUGUUUGGCCGAUCGUGGCGAUGCUUUUCUUGUUCCAACACCUCACUAUCCAGCGUUUGACAGGGACUUAAGAUGGAGAGUCGGCGCGAAGCUACUACCCGUCAUCUGCGAGAGCUCGAAUAAUUUCCAAAUCACAAAACAAGCGCUAGAAGAGGCAUAUGACAAGGCCAUGGAGGCCAAUAUAAGAGUAAAAGGCUUGAUCAUUACCAACCCAUCAAACCCACUAGGCACCAUUCUGGACAGAGCCACCCUCGAAACCUUGGUCAGUUUCAUCAACCGAAAAAAAAUACACCUCGUCUGCGACGAAAUAUACGCGGCCACCAUCUUCAGGGGCCCGGAAUUCGUCAGCAUUUCCGAAGUCGUGCAAGAAGUGGAGUGCUGCAAUAUGGAUCUCAUCCACAUUGUUUACAGCUUGUCCAAGGACAUGGGGCUCCCUGGGUUUAGGGUUGGGAUUGUUUAUUCCUACAAUGACGGAGUCGUUAGCUGCAGCCGCAAAAUGUCGAGUUUUGGGUUGGUCUCGUCGCAAACGCAGCACCUGUUGGCUUCGAUGCUGUCCGAUGAUGAUUUCGUGGGAAGGUUUCUUACCGAAAGCUCAAGUAGACUAGCAAAAAGGCACAAACUCUUCACCGAAGGGCUCCAGCAAGUGGGAAUCACCUGCUUAAACAGCAAUGCCGGCCUUUUCUGUUGGAUGGACUUACGCCCGCUGCUUAACGAACCCACCAUCGAUGCCGAAACGGCGUUAUGGCACGUGAUAAUCAGCGACGUGAAGCUCAACGUCUCUCCCGGAUCCUCCUUCCACUGUUCGGAGCCCGGGUGGUUCCGGGUUUGCUUCGCCAAUAUGGAUGACCCGACCGUCGAAGUCGCGCUGGUUAGGAUCCGGAAAUUUGUGGAUCAGAAGAAGGGCGGAGGAGAGGUGGCGCCGCCGCCGCAGAAGAAGAAGCGGUUGGAGGAAAAUCUGCGUCUGAGUUUCAAGGCGAGGAUUUAUGAUGACAGCGUGUUGUCGCCCCACUUGUUGUCUCCUCAUUCGCCGAUGGCUCACUCGCCUAUGGUUCGGGCCAGGACUUGACCAAUAAUUCAACCGCACACUCACAGUGGGUCCUGCACAUGCUACACAGUAGUGUGGAUGCGGGACUCUAACACGCACUCACAUAAGUGGUGGGUCUCGCACACGCUUCGUACCGUAGUGUGCGCGAGAUCCACUACUCAUGUGAGUAUAGACACCGUAGUGCGUGCGGAAUUUAUCACUCACGUAAGUGUGAGUUUGUAUUUAGAUGUGGUGCUAAUAAAGUUGGGACUUUAUUUUUUAUUUUUUAAAAUAA